GACGACGCUGAUGAUAAUGAUAAUGAUACCCCGGCUGUAACAACAUUCAGCCAAUGCAUAGGUAGUUGUGGCUACACGGGAUGUACUGUUACAUACAGUUUAGAGCCCGGAGUGUUAGGGGCUUAUGCUUUAACAUUUUCAAUAAUGAUGAAACUCUGAAGGAACAUUUUCGCCACCUUCACUAGAAGAAGACAGUGAAGUGACAUUUAAACGAUACCUCAAUAAUAUUUUCGUUCCGUUCUGCCAUUGCUUUGGAAGCUAGCUAACGUUAGCAGGCUAGCUUGUAUUUAGCAUUUGCGAGGCUGUGGAGGCGUAAAACAGGAGAAGAGCGGGUUACAACGCUCGUUUGUUUUUUAGGUAACAGUUUUCUUUCGGUUAUAUUGUUGUUGUUUUUUUAGUUUAUAUAUGGUGACAUAUUUAUGUUCGAUUUCAAUGUUGGUAAUGAAACGUAAUUGUGCUAACGCAGCUAGCUAGCUUUGUUAACGAUAGCUAACGUUAGCGUUGAUCACUAACGUUAGCUAGCUAGCUAACACAAAGGGGAGUUCUAGGAGCUAGUUAGUUAACGGUGGAGUUGACUGUAUUGCUAGCAAUGCCUUUGUAUUUUCCUCUGUUCUGGCACAAUGCAUAACACAACGCUUAUCAUACUAGGAGAUGGAGCGCCACUCAGACAUAUAUCUACACAUGUAAUGUGAAGAUGGAUUAAUAUUGGCUAGGAAUAGAUAGAUAGCUUACGUUAGAGUAAUCGUUAGCUAGCAGUUUGGUUAUCUAAAAUUCAAUGUCGCUCUUUUGUUGUUACGCUAGCUAACUAGCCAGUUACAACGCACUGUUGUGUUUAACCGUUUGAUUGCAGUAUUUUGUCAAGACAGCUAUUGUUUCUUCAUUGUCAUCAAGCUAGCAAGAUAACUUCAUCUGUAUUGGCUGUAUAAUUGAUUGAAAAUCAGUGUGUUGUCUGGCCAGAAAGGAAUUGGUAAACGUUAGUUAGAUUAUCUUUAAAUCAAAGCAAUCUCAUUUGUUGAUUUUGUUUUUGUCACUGCUUAAGUGAUUUCGGGACACCAAAGAAGAGCUUACUUAGUUACAUUUUUGGGAACAUUGUAACAAAGUAGCAACAAAUAUAUUAGGCCUAGUUCAUUAGCUAUAAUGGCCUACUACACUUUGGCCUCAAAUGGGAUCUCAUCAUGGAUAUCUCUACACAUGGUCCUCCUCAUAUUCACUGGUAAGUAUUUUAUAAUAACUAAAUAUUUGUUACAACUCGCAUACAAUCUAUACCACAGCAACUCAAACACACUCAAGCACACAGGAGGAUAUGUUCAUUUCCAUCUAAAAUGACCCAUGAACACCAACGUAGUCCAGUGUAACUCAGUUGGUAGAGCAUGGCGCUUGGAACGCCAGGGUUGUGGGUUCGAUUCCCAUGGGGGACCAGUAUGAAAAUGUAUGCUGUAAGUUGCUCUGGAUAAGAGUGUCUGCUAAAUGACUAAAAUGUAACGUGAGGUUUAUAGGAGCAUAUCACAUUUGGUGUCAAAUGAAAGCUAAGAGUCUAUAUUUUUGGGAGAUUCUCACAAUUCUAUAUGUAUUGCAAUUAGAUACUGGGAUUUUCUUGCGAUUUGAUGUUCCAAACAUAUUGCUCACUACAGUGCAUUCGGAAAGUAUUCAGACCCCUUGACCUUUUCCACAUUUUACAGCCUUAUUCUAAAAUGGAUUUUUAAAAAAUGUCAAUCAUCAAUCUACACAGAAUACCCCAUAAUGACAAAGCAAAACCAGAUUUUUUGCAAAUGUAUUACAAAUAAAAACAGAAAUACCGUAUUUACAUAAGUAUUCAGACCCUUUGCUAUGAGACUUGAGCUCAGGUGCCUGUGGUAAAUUCAAUUGAUUGGACAUGAUUUGGAAAGGCACACACCUGUUUAUUUAAGGUCCCACAGUUGACAGUGCAUGUCAGAGCAAAAACCAAGCCAUGAGGUCGAAGGAAUUGUCCGUAGAGCUCCGAGACAGGAUUGUGUCGAGGCACAGAUCUGGGGAAGGGUACCAAAAAAUGUCUGCAGCUUUGAAGGUCCCCAAGAACACAGUGGUCUCCAUCAUUCUUAAAUGGAAGAAGUUUGGAACCACCAAGACUCUUCCAAGAGCUGGCCGCCUGGCCAAACUGAGCAAUCGGAGGAGAAGGGCCUUGGUCAGGGAGGUGACCAAGAACCCUAUGGUCACUCUGACAGAGCUCCAGAGUUCCUCUGUGGAGAUGGCAGAACCUUCCAGAAGGACAACCAUUUCUGUGCCAAAAGGCACCUAAAUGACUCUCAGACCAUGAGAAACAAGAUUCUCUGGUCUGAUCCUGAGGCCGCAUUUAUUGUAGCUGGGGAUUUUAACAAAGCAAAUUUGAGGAAAACGCUACAAAAGUUCUAUCAACACAUUGACUGUAUUACUCGCUUAGGAAAAACACUAGACCACUGCUACUCGCCUUUUCGAGAUGCCUACAAAGCCCUCCCCCGCCCUCCCUUCGGCAAAUUAGAUCAUGACUCCAUUUUGCUCCUCCCUUCCUAUAGGCAGAAACUCAAACAGGAAGUACCCGUGCUAAGGUCUAUUCAACCCUGGUCUGACCAGUCAGCAUCCAUGCUUCAAGAUUGUUCUGAUCACGCGGACUGGGAUAUGUUCUGGGUAGCCUCUGAGAAUAACAUGACGUAUACACGGACACGGUGAAUGAGUUAAUCAGGAAGUGUAUAGGGGAUGUUGUUCCCACGGUGACUAUUAAAACCUACCCAAACCAGAAACCGUGGAUAGAUGGCAGCAUUUCGCGCAAAACUGAAAGCGCGAACCACUGCAUUUAACCAUGGCAAGGUGACUGGGACUAUGGUCUAAUAAAAACGGUGUAGUUAUUCCCUCCGUAAGGCAAUCAAACAGGCAAAACGUCAGCACAGAGACAAAGUGAAGUCGCAAUUCAAUGGCUCAGACACGACACAUAUGUGGCAGGAUCUACAGACAAUCACAGAUUGCAAAGGGAAAACCAGCCACGUCACGGACACCGACGUCUUGCUCCUGGACAAGCUAAACUACUUCUUAGCCCGCUUUGAGGAUAACACAGUGCCACCGACGCGGCCCACUCCCAAGGACUGUGGGUUCUCGUUCUCCGUGGCCGACGUGAGUAAGACAUUUAAACCUGUUAACCCACGCAAUGCUGCCGGCCCAGACGGCAUCCCUAGCCGCGUCCUCAGAGCAUGCGCAGACAGCUGGCUGGAGUGUUUACGGACAUGUCCCCACUUGCUUCAAGAUGUCCACCAUUGUUGCUGUACCUGAGAAAGCAAGGUAGAUCCACAGACGAUGCAAUCGCCAUCGCACUGCACACUGCCCUAUCCCAUCUGGACAAGAGGAAUACCUUUGUCAGAAUGCUGUUCAUUGACUAUAGCUCAGCCUUCAACACCAUAGUAACCUCCAAGCUCAUCAUUAAGCUCGGGCCCUGGGUCUGAACCCCGCCCUGUUCAACUGGGUCCUAGACUUCCUGAUGGGCUGCCCCCAGGUGGUGAAGGUAGGAAACAACACCUCCACUUCGCUGAUCCUCAACACAGGGGCCCCACAAGGGUGCGUGCUCAGCCCCCUCCUGUACUCCCUGUUCACCCACGACUGCAUGGCCACGCACACCUCCAACUCAAUCAUCAAGUUUGCAGACGACACAACAGUAGUAGGCCUGAUUACCAACAAUGACGAGACAGUUUACAGGGAAGAAGUGAGGGCCCUGGCGGAGUGGUGCCAGGAAAAUAACCUCUCCCUCAACGUCAACAAAACGAAGGAGCUGAUCGGACUUCAGGAGAUAGCAGAGGGAGCACGCCCCCAUCCACAUCGACGGGACCGCAGUGGAGAAAGUGAAAAGCUUCAUGUUCCUCUGCAUACACAUCACUGACAAUCUGAAAUGGUCCACCCACACAGACAGUGUGGUGAAGAAGGCGCAACAGUGCCUCUUCAACCUCAGGAGGCUGAAUACAUUUUGCUUGGCCCCUAAGACCCUCACAAACUUUUACAGAUGCACAAUUGAGAGGAUCCUGUCGGGCCUUAUCACCGCCUGGUACGGCAACUUUACUGCGCGCAACCGCAGGGCUGUCCAGAGGGUGGUGCGUUCUGCCCAACGCAUCACCGGGGGCACACCGCCUGCCCUCCAGGACACCUACAGCACACGAUGUCACAGGAAGGCCAUCAACCACCCGCGCCACGGCCUAUUCACCCCACUAUCAUCCAGAAGGCAAGGUCAGUACAGGUGCAUCAAAGCUGGGACAGAGAGACUGAAAAACAGGUUCUAUCUCAAGGCCAUCAGACUGUUAAAUAGCCAUCACUAUGUAAAUGUGAUAUUUCCCUUUUUUAUUUUUAAUAAGUUUGCAAAAUUUUCUAAAAACUUGUUUUUACUUUGUCGUUAUGGGGUAUAGUGUGUAGAUUGAUUGAUGGGGAAAAAAACAAUUUAAUCAAUUUUAGAAGAAGGGCUGUAACGUAACAAAAUGUGGAAAAGUCAAAGGGUCUGAAUACUUUCCGAAUGCACUGUAUAUGUCUGCUGCAGAGAGACAAGAAAAUUAGUUUUGAUCAGUCAUGGAAAUAAAAGUGCUAGAAACAUGUUGACACACUAUUCAAAAAGAUGUAGAGCAAGUUAUAGGAUAAGAAGUAUAUGAGUUUCAGUGCAGGUACAGCCAACUAGUGCUAACGCUACCUGCCAACUUAUUUUUUUUAAACAAAUCGAUAGUCUGAGUCAUGGUAUCGAUAUAAUAUAGUCCAAAAUAAUAUUGCGAUAUGUAACUGUAUCGAUUUCCCCCCCAUCACUUUCGAAAAAUCCACAUAUCUUUUAAGAUAUUUUCUAAUUUCUCUCCCGCAUGAGGGAGAAUUAUGAAAGUUCAUGCAAGUAACAAGUAUAGAUAGACCUACCAUUUAGUUAGUGUUUUUACUGAGAACAAUUUUGUUUGAGUUGUAUUACCAAAUCGGUAACAGUGACCGAAAAAUCUGCAACAGAAUGACUUCAAUUGAAUUGGCCACAAUGGGGAAAUCAUAUUUUGUCCCAAACCACAGUUGCAGUAGAGUAUGGUACAGUAGAGAAAAAUCUGCAACAGAAUGACUUCAAUUGAAUUGGCCACAAUGGGGAAUCCUAUUUGUCCCAAACCACAGUUGCAUUAGAGUAUGGUACAGUAGAGCACAAAUGAGUAGGGUACAGUAUAAUAUAAUAUACUGUACUUGAUUCUACUUUUCUGUACUCUACUCUACUGAACUAUACGCUACUCUUUACUGUACUCUACAGUACCAGGGGUCGCGUUAACACAGAAUUCUGCAUAUUUAAAAUAAAAAAUAAAACACAUCUUGCUGUGUUUUUUAAACGCACAUCUAAAAUGCUUCUUAUUGUAAUAUCUGCUUCAGACAAAUGUUGUGCUUCAGUUGCACUUCUCCACUCGGAUGAGAAAUCUGUGCUGUCGUCGUCAGACUAAGCAAAUUCACGUAUUCACGAACGGGCAUUCUAUCAGCAGACAGCAUUCUGACUGAUGUGUAGCUAAUUUUCGGUGUAUUUUUCUCCUUUAAAAUGCAAGAUUAUCUUCAAGCAAAACAUUAGGGAAUAUAGAUGGCUACAUUCAUUCUAUGAUAAACAUUAGAAAUAUGAUGCACGUGCUUCGUUUUGCAAAAAAAUACCUAGCUUUUUCAUUGUAAGCUAAUUGACUUGUGUGGCUGCUAGUCAAGUAGCGUUGCACUUCUGUUGUCAUCUGAUGAAAAUGAAGCCAUUUUCUGCCGAAUGUUUGGCAUUAAUUUAUUUUUGUGAUGAUAAACCAUAGUUGCACGCCCCUGAUUACUCUAUUGAAGCAAAAAAACACUGUUGACUUUUAAUAUCGACUUUUUUAUGGUCUGCGUUUUUAAAAUGCAGAUUUCUGAAAGCUAAUGUGACCCUGCUGUACUAAACUAUACUCUGCUGUACUGAACUAUACUCUUCUGUGCUGUACUCUACUCUGCUAUACUGUGAUGUCCAAACUUGUGGAACAUAGUCACGUCUAAGAUUGGCAGAUAUUUGGUCCGGUCUGGACCAACCAAAUUUGGUCUUGUUUGGGGGCCGAGCUCAUUAGAAUGAUAGCCAGUGUGUAGAAUAAUACCCGAACACGCAAAGGAGGAUAUUACUUUUUUCUACCUUUGUACAUCACCAUGAAGAGAAUGACAUUUGUGGGUCUUUCUAUAAAUAAUUGGGCCAGUGUGUCACAUUUGGAUCAACAUUUCUAAAUGGUUUGAAACAAAAAAUUUAAAGGAUUUUCAUGCCGUUCCACAUGUGUACUUAGAGGGAAAAAAAGUGAAUAUAUGCAAAUUGGCCAUAACUCCACCUAUACAACAACAUAGGCCUAGGACUAUACAUCCUUUAAGCAGGGUUCAUAAAGACAUGGCAAGUCAAAUUCAAGGACUUUCACUGAAUUUUUCAAGCACUUCAUUGUAAUUUAUAUAAUUGUACAUAAUAUGGAAUCCCCCCCAAAGCAUGCAAAAAGUAGCCAUUACCACUUUAAGAAUAAUACUUUUUAGGCCUUGCCAAUGCAUUGAAAGAAUGUAAUAAUAAUUUCACUAUCAUUAUUACAUUCUAAAAUAUGUGAGAAUAAUGUGGACAUUGCCUGACUAAAUAAAUUGGAUGCAUGCAUGGUGAUUUUUCUGUAGCCUAUGUGGUCGACACAGGGACAUAUAAUAAAGCCAUGAAUAGCGGUAGCAUUAAUCUCACCAUUUGAAUCUCACCAUCGCUGUUUUUAUAAUGAGAAAGUUACCAAAAACCAGUUUCCUUUUUAAAGCUGGAAAAAAAUAUUUAUCUUUACAAUUAUUCUGACAUUUCACAUUCUUAAAAUAAAGUGGUGAUCCAAACUGACCUAAAACAGGGAAUUUUUACUUGGAUUAAAUGUCAGGAAUUGUGAAAAACUGAGUUUAAAUGUAUGUGGCGAAGGUGUAUGUAAACUUCUGACUUCAUCUGUAUGUGUUUAUUUACGUUUUAUAUUGUCUAUGUUUAUAAGUUGUUAUGUCUGAUAUUUGUCUCAAACAUUGUUCCCCCCUGCUGCUGUCUUGGUUGGACCAGGUCUCUCUUGAAAAAAAGAUUUUAUCUUAAUGAGAAACCUGGAUAACAAAAAAACACUGCAUCAUUUGGCAGGACCCCUAAGCAAGCAUUUCACAGUAAAGUCUGCGCACCUUGUAUUCGCCGCAUGUGACAUAACAUUUGAUUUGAUUGUCAUUGGAUGGGUUACUUUUAAAAUAUUGAUCAGCAGCACCAGGUCUCAAUGGUGUUUGUCACCUUUCUAAUUAGUUGAGCUGUUAUUUCAGCCCAUGUGAAAGGCAGCUAUUACAUUUGCAUUUAAAUCCACACCCAUAAUCUCAGAUUGUUCUGGAAUCGUUUCUGUAGUUAGAAACAGAUAAGAUAAGCAUUCCGGAAACAUUAUUUUGUUGAAAUAUAAUUAGAUCUCUGUGAAAUUAAGCUGAUUGAUUGCACCCAAAUUGGCCAUUUUAAUUUAUAGGAUUCAUAUAAUAUUAAGUAAUUAUAGUACCUAACAUUUUUCUAACAAUGAGUUAGAUAUUAGGAAUCUAAAGAAGUGGUCAAAAGCCAUCCAUGGACCCCCCACAUCUUACGCCAAUUCCACCCCAACAACAAGGAUAUAGUACCAGUUCUCUAUGGUUGAAAAGUAGUAUGAAGCUGCGGCUUGGAGUAUUGCUUCUAUGUAAUGUAUUCUCAGUGAAUUUGGUGGGUUUUUUCCCCUCAGUUCAGAUAAAUUAGUAAUUGAAGUUGUUGGGUUUAUGCCCCAUUUUAAAGAAUCUCCCCCAUUGUUAAAGGGAUAGUUCACCCCAAUUGCAUAGCAUGGGCUGCUGUCAUACCUGGUCCAUGGACUGUUUACAGGGUAAGAAAACCAAUAUGUACUUUUAAGAAAAGGGAUAAUUCUUUAAAGUAUCAUCUAAUAACAGGAACAGCACCUGGUAAUAUCAGGAUGUAGGAUGGGACAUAAACCCAACAUCUUCAUUUACUAAUUUCUCUGAACUGAGGGGAAAAAACCCCACCAAAUUUACUGAGAAUACAUUACAUAGGAUGAAGAAAAAAUACUCCGAGCCGCAGCUCCAUACUACUUGAUACUGUAUACUCGUUGACCAUCCAAAUCGGAUGUUAGGUACUAUAAUAUAUGAAUAUACAGUGGGGAGAACAAGUAUUUGAUACACUGCCGAUUUUGCAGGUUUUCCUACUUACAAAGCAUGUAGAGGUCUGUCAUUUUUAUCAUAGGUACACUUCAACUGUGAGAGACGGAAUCUAAAACAAAAAUCCAGAAAAUCACAUUGUAUGAUUUUUAAGUAAUUAAUUUGCAUUUUAUUGCAACCCAACUAACAAAUGAAUGCAAUAUGCCUACUGAGGUGGUUUUUUUUCUCUCACUACCAUCGAUAAUGGGCAUGUAGGCCUAGUGGCUAGCCUUAGUUCAAAGAGUUGAUUGAAUAGUAUGCCAUAGGCUAAUACCUCUAAGUAGUUUGUCUAGUCAAAGGGUUAAUCAGUUCCUAGGCUACCUCAGGGAAGGAGCAUUGGUUCUGUAGUCAAACUAGUCGUUUAACAACAUUGUUUCCUUUGUUGGGACAUGUUGGAGGGUUUGUCUGAAGAUUAUUGAUGCUCCCUCAUAACUGUUCUAAUGCUCACUCACAGCAACACACACCCAACGUGUGUGUGUGUAUAUAUAUAUAUAUAUAUAUAUAUAUAUAUAUAUAUAUAUAUAUAUAUAUAUAUAUAUAUAUAUAUAUAUUGUGUGUUUGUAUAUACAGUAUCUCACAAAAGUGAGUACACCCCUCACAUUUUUGUAAAUAUUUGAGUAUAUCUUUUCAUGUGACAACACUGAAGAAAUGACACUUUGCUACAAUGUAAAGUAGUGAGUGUACAGCUUGUAUAACAGUGUACAUUUGCUGUCCCCUCAAAAUAACACAACACACAGCCAUUAAUGUCUAAACCGCUGGCAACAAAAGUGAGUACACCCCUAAGUGAAAAUGUCCAAAUUGGGCCCAAAGUGUCAAUAUUUUGUGUGGCCACCAUCAUUUUCCAGCACUGCCUUAACCCUCUUGGGCAUGGAGUUCACCAGAGCUUCACAGGUUGCCACUGGAGUCCUCUUCCACUCCUCUAUGACGACAUCACGGAGCUGGUGGAUGUUAGAGACCUUGCACUCCUCCACCUUCCGUUUGAGGAUGCCCCACAGAUGCUCAAUAGAGUUUAGGUCUGGAGACAUGCUUGGCCAGUCCAUCACCUUUACCCUCAGCUUCUUUAGCAAGGCAGUGGUCAUCUUGGAGGUGUGUUUGGGGUCGUUAUCAUGUUGGAAUACUGCCCUGCGGCCCAGUCUCCGAAGGGAGGUGAUCAUGCUCUGAUUCAGUAUGUCACAGUACAUGUUGGCAUUCAUGGUUCCCUCAAUGAACUGUAGCUCCCCAGUGCCGGCAGCACUCAUGCAGCCCCAGACCAUGACACUCCCACCACCAUGCUUGACUGUAGGCAAGACACACUUGUCUUUGGACUCCUCACCUGGUUGUCGCCACACACGCUUGACACCAUCUGAACCAAAUACGUUUAUUUUGGUCUCAUCAGACCACAGGACAUGGUUCCAGUAAUCCAUGUUCUUAGUCUGCUUGUCUUCAGCAAACUGUUUGCGGGCUUUCUUGUGCAUCAUCUUUAGAAGAGGCUUCCUUCUGGGACGACAGCCAUGCAGACCAAUUUGAUGCAGUGUGCGGCGUAUGGUCUGAGCACUGACAGGCUGACCCCCCACCCCUUCUUUGGUCGACCAUGGCGAGGCAUGUUCUGAGUGGAACCUGUCCUGUUAACCGCUAUAUGGUCUUGGCCACCGUGCUGCAGCUCAGUUUCAGGGUCUUGGCAAUCUUCUUAUAGCCCAGACCAUCUUUAUGUAGAGCAACAAUUAUUUUUUUCAGAUCCUCAGAGAGUUCUUUGCCAUGAGGUGCCAUGUUGAACUUCCAGUGACCAGUAUGAGGGAGUGUGAGAGCGAUGACACCAAAUGUAUACACACCUGCACCCCAUUCACACCUGAGACCUUGUAACACUAACGAGUCACAUGACACCGGGGAACGAAAAUGGAUAAUUGGGCCCAUUUUGGACAUUUUCACUUAGGGGUGUACUCACUUUUGUUGCCAGCGGUUUAGACAUUAAUGGCUGUGUGUUGAGUUAUUUUGAGGGGACAGCAAAUGUACACUGUUGUACAAGCUGUACACUCACUUCUUUAUAUUGUAGCAAAGUGUCAUUUCUUCAGUGUUGUCACAUGAAAAGAUAUACUCCAAUAUUUACAAAAAUGUGAGGGGUGUAUUCACUUUUGUGAGAUACUGUAUAUGCGAGAGAAAAAACACAUAGGGGAUUGGAAGUGAUGCAGACAAUUACAUUGAUGGAAGUUACAAUCUAUCUGCAAUAUUAAAGCUAAUCUACCCCCAAGAAAGAAAAAUAAAAUAAUAAUAAUACACACACCCGACCAUUGCCUAAACGGCCUAAGCUUGGCUAAUAACAAGUCUUCCAUUAGCCUAGCCUGUUCAGUCAUACGUAUUUCUAUAGGUAUGUAGAUUUAAUUCUUUCAGUCAUGUAUUUUUUCUUCAUUUUGUAUGAUCCUCGUAACCUGCAAGAAUGUUAAGCCCAGUUCAUUUUCCACUUUCCACUCUUUACCACUCAGACAUUUUGGGCUAGUGUAAUCGUCCUCUCUAACUGCCUCAUGUUCCCAUAUACAUUAGCCUACACACUUUCUCAAAGCUCAAAUUCUCCUGCUGCAAGACUACAGAUGUAAUUUCAGUUGCCUGUUGAUCGUGGUCAGUCUUGGGUUUCAUUGAUUAAAUAGCUCAACAUUUACAUUUGCCUCAGAGGGGCCAGAGUUAUGAAUAAGCCCCAUUUCCACAUCAUGUUUACACAAAAGAUUAGUCCAAAGCUCCAUCUCGUGAUCCCACAAUCAUUCGUUAGAAAAAUAACCUUUACAUUUUUUGUCUUAUCUUUUCUAGGAAAUGCAGUUUGCUCGGAGCACAACGAGAACGUUUACGUAUCAGGGAUUUCUAAUGGUAAGUUGGUUUAGCCUAGAUCACAUGAUCAUUUAUCUCUGAGCUCGUAAUGUAGGCAGUAACUCAGCCCUUGUUUUUGUCUGCGAAGAACCAAACAGUACAUUUGUUGCCCACAGCAGACUUUCAGAAUAGCCUUUUUGCAUGAACAGAACACUGUUCAUUUCCUAUACCCUCGGGACACUAGAAAUGGAAGACAUUGAAAUAGCAUUUAGUGUGUCAGUGGUGAGUUAGUACUGUGUUUUUAGUCGGGAGUGGGAUAGGCCUACUCUCUUGGCUUGCUGUGCACUCUUCCAAUGCACAUUAAGCGGCGUUACGGAGGCCUGAAAACGACUUCUGUCUUUUUUUUUACCUCCCGUUUUGAACCUUUUCUUAGCGUUUUAACCCACAGUAGGCCAACAAAUGUAUAUUAUUACCCAACAAUUACAAAAAAAUUGACAGUGAGCAUAAAUUGUAUUUCCAUAGCUGCACACAUCAAUAUCUAUUGGAGUAGGGAAAUUAUUUUGAGGCUGAUUUUAUUUAUUUUUCCCUGUCACAAACUCUCUGGUGGUUGUGGCAUCUAGCCUAAUGAAAAACGAGGAUAAUACAUUUUUUGAAUAAAUAAUAUUUUAUUUUAGCCUAUACAGUGCCUUCAGAAAGUAUUCACACACCUUUACUUUUUCCACAUUUUGUUGUUACAGCCUGAAUUUAAAAAUUUAUUAUAUUGAGAUUUUGUUUCACUGAUCUACAGACAAUACCCCAUAAUGUCAAAGUGGAAUUUUGUUUCUAGAAAUUAAUCAAAAAAUGAAAAGCUGAAAUGUCUUAAGUCCAUAAGUAUUCAACCCCAUUUGUUAUGGCAAGCCUAAGUAAGUUCAGGAUAAAAAAUGGGCUUAACAAAUCACAGAAGUUGCAAACUCAUUCUGUUUUCAAUAAUAUGUGGUUAACAUGAUUUUUGAAAUACUACCCCAUCUCUGUAAGGUUCCUCAAUCGAGUAGUGAAUUUCAAGCACAGGUUCAACCACACAGACCAGGGAGGUUUUCAAUACCUCGCAAAGAAGGACACCGAUUGGUAGAUGUGUAACAAUAAAAAAAAGCAGACGCUGAUUAUCCUUUUGAGCAUGGUGAAGUUAUGAAUUAGGCUUUGGAUGGUGUAUCAAUACACCUAGCCACAAUAAAGAAACAUGCGUCCUUCCUAACUCAGUUGCCGGAGAGGAAGGAAACUGCUCAGGGAUUUCACAAUGAGGCCAAUGGUGAUUUUAACAGUUACAGAGUUUAAUGGUUGUGAUAUGAGAACUGAGGAUGGAUCAACAACAUUGUAGUUACUACACAUACUAACCUAAAUGACAGAGUGAAAAGGAAGCCUGUACAGAAUAAAAAAAUAUUCCAAAACAUGCAUCCUGUUUGCAACAAGGCACUUAAGUAAUACUGCAAAAAAUGUGAGAAGCAAUAGACUUUUUGUCCUGAAAUGUUUAGGGCAAGUCCAACACAUCACUGAGGACCACUCUUCAUAUUUUCAAGCAUGGUGGUGUCUGCAUCAUGUUAUAGGUAUGCUUGUCAUCGGCAAUUACUAGGGAGUUUUUUUUAGGAUAGAAAGACACGGAAUGCAGCUAAGCACAGGCAUAAUCCUAAAGGAAAACCUGGUUGUCUUCUUUCCAACAGACACUGGGAGAUGAAUGCACUUUUCAGCAGUACAAUAACCUAAAACACAAGGCCAAAUAUACACUGAACACCUUCCAAAUAUUGAGUUGCACCCCCUUUUGCCCUCAGAACAGCCUCAAUUCGUCGAAGCGUGGACUCUACAAGGUGUCAAAAGCAUUCCACAGGGAUGCUGGCCCAUGUUGACUCCAAUGCUUCCCACAGUUGUGUCAAGUUGGCUCGAUCACUUUUGGGUGGUGGACCAUUCUUGAUACACACAGAAAACUGUUGAGCGUGAAAAAUCCAGCAAUGUUGCAGUUCUUGACAGACUCAAACCGGUGCGCCUGGCACCUACUACCAUACCCCUUUCAAAGGGCUCUCUGCUUCCUCCCUGAAGCGGUACCGGUGCACAGUCCUCAAUACGUCAUCAGAGUGCGCAGCUGAACACUGUAUGCUGGAAACACUCUGUUUGUUGUUUUUGACAAAAAAAUAACCAAUCUUCGUUAGAUAUAAAUACUGAACUUGUUUUUGCAUGGAUUCCUUGACACAGUUAGCUUUUAACAGCUAGGACUGCUAUUUCUUGUCCCGGAAUCCUGCUUAACAGAGCUGCUUACCUUAGCUAGCAGCUAAGCUAGCUAGCCAUCAAGCUAACAAAGUUAGUCCCAGAUGAGUUUUGCAAUGGAGCCCUUUUUGUCUGGAGAAGUAAAUGAACGGUUCUAGUACUGUAGGAGCUGUAUCUACUACGCAUUGUUUCGGGACAAACUGGAUCCCUCAGAGUUCCAAUGUAGCAAUUGUUUGCUUGCUGAGGAUUAUAGGAUUGAAGUGGCUUCCUUGAUCAAGCAGAUCGCCAGCCUACGUAAGAAACUUGGGAAAACGCAGAUUGGAAUGUUUACCUUUUCUACGCCGGUGGCUGGACAGUGUUCGCGCUUGUUUUGAUGCAUCUCUGCCUUGCUGUUUGUUGUUAUCCGACUGGCUGGUGUUGCCCGGAGUUCGUUCGACAGGGGAGCCUUCUCCUGUCUCUCCUCCCCCAUCUGAUAGCGGAGUCGAAGGAGCAAAGCAAGAGGAGCAUGCAAAUCAACGAUGGUCGCAUGUCACGAGCCGUGGAAUCUGAUGACAGUGGCCUCCUGUAAAGCUGGCUAAACUCCCCCCGACAGGCCCGGAGCGGAUACAAACAACUAAUAGUUUCGCCGCCCUGGAGCCUGAUCUUCACCUUCGUUGCUUGGAGUACCUGUGUCUACGGCCGCUGUGCCUACUCAUUCCCCUACGAUUUCGAAGUCGGCGUUGGCAAUCUUCCGUCCCUACUCUGGAUCAGGCGGGCCUGCACCAGGCACCGGGAGCUACGGGCUCAAGUUAUCCUGCCUGUCGCCCGUCCUGUGAAGUGUGGGAGCGGGCGGAUUUCCUCGUCCUUCUCGCCAGCCGUGAUUUGGGCAGCUCCAUGAUAAGAAAUGUGACUGAUCCUGGUGCAAAAACAAUGUCCUAUCCCGGAGCUCGAGUAAAUUACAUUACUAAGCUGCUCCUGAAUGUUCUAUGCCAGGACAUGGGAAUCGAUUCCAUCGUAGUCCAUGUGGGUUUUAAUGACAUCAUGAAGUGCAGCUCUGAACAGGAUUUUAAAGAGCUGAUUGAUUCUCUGCUAGACACUAAUAAAAGACCCAUCAUAUCUGGCCCUGUGCCCUCUUUGAAUCGUACGCUUUAGCCGGAUUCUUUCUCUUCACAACUGGCUACGUGAUUAUUGCUGCUCAAUGGGUGUAACUUUUGUUGACAAUUUCGAUACCUUUUGGAAACAAAACAUGUUUUAUAAGGAGGAUGGAUAAUAGAUAAUACCCUUUGAUACAGUGGUAGCAAUGCAUACAUUUUACAUUUUAGUCAUUCAGCAUUCAUGCAUUUUUUCGUACUGGUCCCCCGUGGGAAUCGAAUCCACAACCCUGGCAUUGCAAGUGCCACGCUCUACCAACUGAGUGUAAGGACAUCAGGGAUAAAAUUGUGUUAAGGAGUGGCUCCGUAAGAAGCAUCUCAAGGUCCUGGAGUGGCCUAGCCAGUCUCCAGACCUGAACCCAAUAGAAAAUCUUUGGAGGGAGCUGAAAGUCCGUAUUGCCCAGCGACAGCCCCGAAACCUGAAGGAUCUGGAGAAGGUCUGUAUGGAGGAGUGGGCCAAAAUCCCUGCUGCAGUGUGUGCAAACCUGGUCAAGACCUACAGGAAACGUAUGAUCUCUGUAAUUGCAAACAAAGGUUUCUGUACCAAAUAUUAGGUUCUGCUUUUCUGGUGUAUCAAAUACUUAUGUCAUGCAAUAAAAUGCAAAUGAAUUACUUAAAAAUCAUACAAUGUGAUUUUCUGGAUUUUUGUUUUAGAUUCUGUCUCUCACAGUUGAAGUGUACUUAUGAUAAAAAUUACAGACCUCUACAUGCUUUGUAAGUAGGAAAACCUGCAAAAUCGGCAGUGUAUCAAAUACUUGUUCUCCCCACUGUAUGUAAUAUCAACAGAGAGGUAUAUUUUCUGGGUGAUUUUCAAUAUUGACUGGCUUUCAUCAAGCUGCCCAGUAAAGAAAAAGCUUCAAACUGUAACCAGUGCCUGCAACCUGGUUCAGGUUAUCAGUCAACCUACCAGGGUAGUUACAAACAGCACAUGAAAUCAUCAACAUGUAUUGAUCACAUCUUUACUAAUGCUGCAGACAUUUCCUUGAAAGUAGUAUCCAGAUUCAUUGAAUGUUGUGAUCACAAUAUAGUACUGAUAUCUACGAAAACCAAAGUCAUAUGAGGUUAUGCAAUACGUUUUGUAGUGAUUCCUAUGUUGUUGAUGUAAAUAAUAUUUGUAUGUCUGUGGUGUGUAAUGAGUAGCAACCACACGCUGCGCUUGACAAAUUUAUGAAAUUGGUUAUUCCAGUUACUAAUAAGCGUGCACCCAUUAAGAAAAUGACUGUAAAAACUGUUAAAUCCCCAUGGAUUGAUGAAGAAUUGAAAAAUUGUGUGGUUGAGAGGGCUGAGGCAAAUAUGUCUGGCUGCACAACCAAUUGGCAAACAUACUGCAAAUUGAUCAAAUCAUGUGACUAAACUGAAUAAAAAUAUAUUAUACUAUGAAACAAAGAUGAUUGAUAGUAAAAAGCUCUGGAGCACCUUAAAUGAAUUUUUUGGCAAAAAGGCAAGCUCAGCUCCAUCAUUCAUUGAAUCAGAUUGCUCAUUCAUUACAAAACCCACUGACAUCGCCAAUUACUUUUUAAUGAUUUUUUUCUUUGGCAAGAUUAGCAAACUAAGGCAUGACAUGCCAGCAACAAACGCUGACACCACACAAGUAUAACUGAUCAAAUUUUACAUUCCGUAAUGUGAGUGUGGAAGAGGUGCAUUUUUUUGUUACCUAUGAACAAUGAUAAGCCAGCGGGGUCUGACAACGGGGGAAUUGAACCCACAACCCUGGCGUUGCAAGUGCCAUGCUCUACCAACUGAGCUACAAGAGGCCUAAGAAUAGUAAAGCCCCAUUUACUGGCUCAAAUCACCGACCAAUCUGCCUGUUACCAACCCUUAGUAAACAUCUGGAAAAAAUGGUGUUUGACCAGAUACAAUGCUAUUUUACAGUAAACAAAUUGACAACAGACUUUCAGCACGCUUAUAGGGAAAGACAUUCAACAAGCACAGCACUUACACAAAUGCCUGAUGAUUGCCUGAGAGAAAUUGAUAAUAAAAAGAUUGUGGGGGCUGUUUUGUUAGACUUCAGUGCAGCUUUUGACAUUAUCGAUCGUAGUCUGCUGCUGAAAAAACGUAUGUGUUAUGGCUUUGCACCCCCUGCUAUGUUGUGGAUAAAAAGUUACCUGUCUAACAGUACACAGAGGGUGUUCUUUAAUGGAAGCCUCUCCAGGAAUUCCCCAGGGCAGCUGUCUAGGCCCCUUGCUCAACUAAAUCUUGUAAUACAGGUCCAGACAAACGCAUACGCACUCCACAGAUGAACAUUGUGGUAUUGUUGUAUGGUGGUAUCUUGUAUUUUGUGUUGUGGAUGUGUAGUGGAGUAGCGAUGUUAUAUGAUGUACUGUUUUAUCUUUUGUUUUGUAAGUGUCUUGAUGUGUUUUCAUCCCAGGAAGGGUAGCUGCUGCCAUCCCUAAUAAAAUACUAAUAUUUUGUCUUGCCUGUUCGUCCUCCGAAUGGAGAACAUACACAAUCUAUGUCUCAAUUGUUUCAAGGCUUAAAAAUCCUUAUUGAUCGUGUCUCCUGAUCACACCUAUAAGAGCCUCCAGGCUUCCUUCAUAACGGUCAAUGUUGAAUGAGGAAAAAAAAGAAUUACAGGGGCAGUUUGGUAAAACUAAUCCCGUCCGAAUCGUCCACUAGAAAAACGGACAUGCUGGGGUAAUAAUUACAUAACCGACGUUCUAUAGUAAUACUAGUCCCGUGCAAAUAGGGCUUAAGUCAUGGAAAGAGCAGGUGUUCUUAAUGUUUUGUACACUGUGUAGAAAAUCUAUGGCAAGACUUGAAAAUGGCUGUCUAGCAAUUAUAAACAACCAACUUGACAGAGCUUGAAGAAUUUAAAACAUAAUAAUGGGCAAACAUUGUACAAUCCAGAUGUGCAAAGCUCUUAAGAGAGAUGUUUCUAACUUAUCUAAUCAAAAUAUAUUUGUUUUUUCAGUAUUUUGUGUAGAUUGUUGACCAAAAAUGAAAAUUAAAUAUAUUUUAAUCCCACUUUGUAACACAACAAAUGUGGAAGAAGUCAAGGGGUGUGAAUUCUUUCUGAAGGUCCUCAGAUGUUAUUAUAUUUUCCCAUAGUCUGAUCAGACCAUGCAACAAAGGGUGGUAGAAAAUCAGUAGCCUACAACAACCUAGCGUGAUGGACAAUGUUUAUUGGCAGGUGGAAUCAUGUCCAAUUAGGUUGCAAGGUAAAAAUGGUAGGCGGGAUCAGGUCGGCCCAGUAUUUUCCAAUGAGUUUGCAUGGUGGGUCCAAGCACAUGCACAUCAGUUUUUUUUUUAUACUCUCUUUUUGCACACACUGCAGGGUUCGAGAACAAUGACAUGAUACACAUAUGUAAGAUGGUACACAAUCUUUGGUGACCCGUUUUGGCUUGUGAGCACUACUUUCAAAACUACCGAACAAAAUGAUCACUUUAAAUGCUAAUUUGUGUGUGUUUGUGUGUGCGCACGCCUGUCUGUCUCCGUGUGUGUCUGUCCAGCCUGUGGAGAUGUGGUAGAGCAGAUCAGGGCGUCCAGUGGAGUGAUCACCAGCCCUGGCUGGCCCUUCCAGUACCCUUCCAGGAUCAACUGCAGCUGGAACAUCAGGGCUAGCCCUGGGGAAAUCAUCACCAUCAGGUACAGUUCUACACCAUCUCCUCUACACAAUCUAUACCUUCUCUCCCUAAGCACUUCUCUCCAUCGCUCCCCCUCUUCCUCUCUUCUCUUCCUCCUCUCCUCCCUCAGUAUCUCCCUCCCUCAGUCUGUACCCUCAUCAGCCAAGCUGGAUACAUACACUGCCCACACACUAAGAGGGCCUGAUUAAUGCAGGGGCUGAAGCCCCCGGGCCCAAGCCCGUAGGGGGCACUUGAGGCAGGAAAUGAUUAUAUAUACAGUACCAGUCAAAAGUUUGGACACUCCUACUCAUUCCAGGGUUUUCCUUUAAUUGUACAGUUUUCUACGUUGUAGAAUAAUAGUGAAGACAUCAAAACUAUGAAAAUAAGAAAUCAUGUAGUAACCAAAAAAGUGUUAAACAAAUCAAAAUAUAUUUUCUAUUUGAGAUUCUUCAAAUAGCCACCCUUUGCCUUGAUGACAGCUUUGCACACUCUUGGCAUUCUCUCAACCAGCUUUGAGGUAGUCACCUGGAAUGCAUUUCAAUUAACAGGUGUGCCUUCUUAAAAGUUAAUUUGUGGAAUUUCUUUCCUUAAAGUGUUUGAGCCAAUCAGUUGUGUUGUGGCAAGGUAUACAGAAGAUAGCCCUAUUUGGUAAAAGACCAAGUCCAUAUUAUGGCAAGAACAGCUCAAAUAAGCAAAGAGAAACGACAGUCCAUCAUUACCUUAAGACAUGAAGGUCAGUCAAUACGGAACAUUUCAAGAACUUUGAAAGUUUCUUCAAGUGCAGUCGCAAAAACCAUCAAGCGCUAUGAUGAAACUGGCUCUCUUGAGGAUCGCCACAGGAAUGGAAGACCCAUAGUUACCUCUGCUGCAAAGGAUAAGUUCAUUAGAGUUACCAGCCUCAGAAAUUGCAGCCCAAAUAAAUGCUUCUCAAAGUUCAAGUAACAGACACAUCUCAACAUCAACUGUUCAGAGCGGACUGUGUGAAUCAGGUCUUCAUGGUCGAAUUGCUGCAAAGAAACCACUACUAAAGGACACCAAUAAGAAGAAGAGACUUGCUUGGGCCAAGAAACACGAACAAUGGAUGUUAGACCGGUGGAAAUGUGUCCUUUGGUCUGGAGUCCAAAUUUGAUAUUUUUGGUUCCAACCGCCGUGUCUUUGAUCUCCGCAUGUGUAUUUCCCACCGUAAAGCAUGGAGGAGGAGGUGUUAUGGUGUGGGGGUGCUUUGCUGGUGACACUUGGUGAUUUAUUUAGAAUUCAAGGCACACUUAACCAGCAUGGCUACCACAGCAUUCUACAGCGAUAUGCCAUCCCAUCUGGUUUGGGCUUAGUGGGACUAUCAUUUGUUUUUCAACAGGACAAUGACACAACAUACCUCCAGGGUGUGUAAGGGCUAUUUUACCAAGAAGGAGGGUGAUGGAGUGCUGCAUCAGAUGACCUGGCCCCCACAAUCCCCCGACCUCAACCCAAUAGAGAUGGUUUGGGAUGAGUCAGACCGCAGAGUGAAGGAAAAUCAGCCAACAAGUGCUCAGCAUACAGUGGGGAAAAAAAGUAUUUAGUCAGCCACCAAUUGUGCAAGUUCUCCCACUUAAAAAGAUGAGGCCUGUAAUUUUCAUCAUAGGUACACGUCAACUAUGACAGACAAAUUGAGGAAAAGAAAUCCAGAAAAUCACAUUGUAGGAUUUUUAAUGAAUUUAUUUGCAAAUUAUGGUGGAAAAUAAGUAUUUGGUCACCUACAAACAAGCAAGAUUUCUGGCUCUCACAGACCUGUAACUUCUUCUUUAAGAGGCUCCUCUGUCCUCCACUCGUUACCUGUAUUAAUGGCACCUGUUUCAACUUGUUAUCAGUAUAAAAGACACCUGUCCACAACCUCAAACAGUCACACUCCAAACUCCACUAUGGCCAAGACCAAAGAGCUGUCAAAGGACACCAGAAACAAAAUUGUAGACCUGCACAAGGCUGGGAAGACUGAAUCUGCAAUAGGUAAGCUGCUUGGUUUGAAGAAAUCAACUGUGGGAGCAAUUAUUAGGAAAUGGAAGACAUACAAGACCACUGAUAAUCUCCCUCGAUCUGGGGCUCCACGCAAGAUCUCACCCCGUGGGGUCAAAAUGAUCACAAGAACGGUGAGCAAAAAUCCCAGAGCCACACGGGGGGACCUAGUGAAUGACCUGCAGAGAGCUGGGACCAAAGUAACAAAGCCUACCAUCAGUAACACACUACGCCGCCAGGGACUCAAAUCCUGCAGUGUCAGACGUGUCCCCCUGUUUAAGCCAGUACAUGUCCAGGCCCGUCUGAAGUUUGCUAGAGUGCAUUUGGAUGAUCCAGAAGAGGAUUGGGAGAAUGUCAUAUGGUCAGAUGAAACCAAAAUAGAACUUUUUGGUAAAAACUCAACUCGUCGUGUUUGGAGGACAAAGAAUGCUGAGUUGCAUCCAAAGAACACCAUACCUACUGUGAAGCAUGGGGGUGGAAAGAUCAUGCUUUGGGGCUGUUUUUCUGCAAAGGGACCAGGACGACUGAUCCGUGUAAAUGAAAGAAUGAAUGGGGCCAUGUAUCGUGAGAUUUUGAGAGAAAACCUCCUUCCAUCAGCAAGGGCAUUGAAGAUGAAACGUGGCUGGGUCUUUCAGCAUGACAAUGAUCCCAAACACACCGCCCGGGCAACGAAGGAGUGGCUUCGUAAGAAGCAUUUCAAGGUCCUGGAGUGGCCUAGCCAGUCUCCAGAUCUCAACCCCAUAGAAAAUCUUUGGAGGGAGUUGAAAGUCCGUGUUGCCCAGCGACAGCCCCAAAACAUCACUGCUCUAGAGGAGAUCUGCAUGGAGGAAUGGGCCAAAAUACCAGCAACAGUGUGUGAAAACCUUGUGAAGACUUACAGAAAACGUUUGACCUGUGUCAUUGCCAACAAAGGGUAUAUAACAAAGUAUUGAGAAACUUUUGUUAUUGACCAAAUACUUAUUUUCCACCAUAAUUUGCAAAUAAAAUCAUAAAAAAUCCUACAAUGUGAUUUUCAGGAUUUUUUUUUCUAAUUUUGUCUGUCAUAGUUGACGUGUACCUAUGAUGAAAAUUACAGGCCUCUCAUCUUUUUAAGUGGGAGAACUUGCACAAUUGGUGGCUGACUAAAUACUUGUUUUCCCCACUGUAGGUGGGAACUCCUUCAAGACUGUUGGAAAAGCAUUCCAGGUGAAGCUGGUUGAGAGAAUGUCAAAGCUGUCAUCAAGGCAAAGGGUGGCUAUUUGAAGAAUCUCAAAUUUGUUUAACACUUUUUUUACUCCAUGAUUCCAUAUGUGUUAGUUCCUAGUUUUGAUGUCUUCACUAUUAUUCUACAAUGUAAAAAUAAAGAAAAACCCUUGAAUGAGCAGGUGUGUCCAAACUUUUGACUGGUAGUGUAUGUAUUCUUUUUUUUUUACUGCAACCGCCAACUACAGGAGCCUGCGCUCAAUAAGUGUAGAUAGACUGCUGCUGCUCUGCUAAUCAUCAGAUGGGGGAGGAGAGGAGGUAGUGGCCCCUGUGGGGUUGGGUAACUGAUUCAGAGCGGGUCCUAGCCUUUUGGGGGCACUAAGCAAGGCAAAAUACUUUAGUCGACCCCCUACCAUCCGUUCUAUUUGCCAACGUGCAAUCACUGGAGAAUAAACUACACAAUAACAUUUCCUGCAAUUCUACACAUUUUUUUCGGUUUUAAAGCUAUGUCAAUGAUAUGAGUAAGAGUGACUAACAAAAUCAAUGGGGGCCCCCUGGAAGUCCGGGCCCCUGGGCACGCGCCCUGCCAUGAUUACUACAUGGUAGGGAUGUGAUAAAUGGUUUAAAAAAAAAUAAGAAUCUCCAUUCAAACAGAUUUGUUAGCCCUGCGCGCUAGGUUCGCCUCAGAGUACUAGCCCAGCUGAAAUGGCUUGGGUUUGCUGUACUGUAGGCUAUAGACCUAGGUGCUGCUGUUUAAUGAUCUGACGAAGGUCUGUUUAAACCAAAUGCUUCGCUCAUGAAAUUUCAGUGUGCAGAAAGAUUUUUCUUCAUGUGCUGUAUACUGCACAUGAUAAUGCCCUCUCUCGCGCUCAUUGCGUGUUCUAUGUGGUCCUCUGUAGCUCAGCUGGUAGAGCACGGCGCUUGUAACGCCAAGGUAGUGGGUUCGAUCCCCGGGACCACCCAUACACAAAAAAUGUAUGCACGCAUGACUGUAAGUCGCUUUGGAUAAAAGCGUCUGCUAAAUGGCAUAUUAUUAUUAUUAUUAUAUACGAUUUAUAUGUCUUUGCCUGUCCUUUGAGGUAAUGUGUUUUUUAUUCAUUUUGAUGAUGCUCUUCAGAUUUGCACUCAUUGUGCUUGUAGUGUCCUAUUUGUUUGCGACGCAUCGGUUCAUGUAUUGUGUUUUCUGUCUGGACCGACCAGAGCGCUGACAGGAACUUGCCAUUUCUUUAUGCCAGUGCUGUGUCCAUGGUUACCAGCACAGAAAUAGACCCUCCGUGUUUAGUGGCUAAGAACAAACUGAAAAUGCAAUCUAUCAAUGACCAUUAAUGGGCAACAGAGCUUGUACGCAAACAACACUUGAUAAAUUCACUAAAUUAGCGAAAUGUUAGCAAUAGGUUAGUAAGUGUUUAUACUCAAGUGGUGGUUAUACACAUUAGUAAUAUAAGUGGUUAUACUCCUGCUUUAUGUUUAAGUAAGUCGUGGUUCUACACAUUAGUAAUAUAUGUGGUUAUACUCCAGCUUGAUUUUUAAGUAAAAGAAGUUGAUUUAUUGGUUAGUCUAUCAAUGUAAGCUACCCUGGAGGAGGAAAAUCACUCAGUUAUCGUGAAAAAGGGAGGGGGUAGAAGGAUUACUUUAUCCUAUCCCAGGUAUUCCUUAAAGAGGUGGGGUUUCAAAUGUCUCCGGAAGGUGGUGAGUGACUCCGCUGUCCUGGCGUCGUGAGGGAGCUUGUUCCACCAUUGGGGUGCCAGAGCAGCGAACAGUUUUGACUGGGCUGAGCGGGAACUAUGCUUCCGCAGAGGUAGGGGAGCCAGCAGGCCAGAGGUGGAUGAACGCAGUGCCCUCGCUUGGGUGUAGGGACUGAUCAGAGCCUGAAGGUACGGAGGUGCCGUUCCCCUCACAGCUCCGUAGGCAAGCACCAUGGUCUUGUAGCAGAUGCGAGCUUCAACUGGAAGCCAGUGGAGUGUGCGGAGGAGCGGGGUGACGUGAGAGAACUUGGGAAGGUUGAACACCAGACGGGCUGCGGCAUUCUGGAUGAGUUGUAGGGGUUUAAUGGCACAGGCAGGGAGCCCAGCCAACAGCGAGUUGCAGUAAUCCAGACGGGAGAUGACAAGUGCCUGGAUUAGGACCUGUGCCGCUUCCUGUGUAAGGCAGGUCGUACUCUCCGAAUGUUGUAGAGCAUGAACCUACAGAUCGGGUCACGCCUUGAUGUUAGCGGAGAACGACAGGGUGUUGUCCAGGGUCACGCCAAGGCUCUUCGCACUCUGGGAGGAGGACACAACAGAGUUGUCAACCGUGAAUGCACUUAUUGUAAUUAUGUCUCAUCCAAUGUACUCUAACCCUGGAGGAAAGUCACUCAGUCAUAUCAGUGAAAUACAUUGAUCCUCUUUAUUGUUGGGGGAACUUCUUUCAACUGUUUGCUUUUUUCCAGCAUGUACCCUAUGAAAGUCGCUCAUAUCGAUGACAUCCAAUUUACAGACUUCGACUAGCAAUGAAUGGAUUUCUUACCUACCUCAGUUGAAUGCACUUAUUGUAAUUCAAGAGUGUGUAUAAAGCUAGAAUCCUUAAUUGGUGAAACUGCCACGUCCUUUUGGGAUAUUUCAACAAGUUACUGCAAACAACAAACACUCGAACAUCAAUGCACGCACAAUAGAACAGCAGAAUAUGUACUGCACAUUUUACCACACUGCUAGACACUCCUCUCCAUUGUUUCAUCAGCAAAACCAAAACGAUAACAAAGACGCUGGGGCGAACAGUGGUGCUGUUUCCCAAAAUGCGGCUUCGAUCUUUAACUUGCUAAAAUGUGAUAUGUACAGUACAUUAUUCAUUUUUACCGCCUGGAAACCUCUUUUAACCCUUUGCCAUUUCUCCCCCCAGCUUCCAGGACUUUGAGAUCCAGAGCUCUCACCGUUGCAGCCUGGACUGGAUCUCCAUUGGCACCUACAAGAACCUGGACGGCUACCGGGCAUGUGGCUCGUCCAUCCCAGCCCCUUACAUUUCCUCCCAGGACCACGUGUGGAUCAAGUUCCACUCGGACGACAUCAUGACCGGCAAGGGCUUCAGGCUGUCUUAUAUAACAGGUAGCACAGCUCGCAGAGUCAUGCUAUUUAUAUCUGUCAGCGAGGGCUACUGUACGGUCUGGUCAGAGAUGACACCCGGUGUCAUGUGGACGGACGUCUACUGGUGGUGAGGAUGUCCCCUCCCCCAAGAGAAAAGAGAAAGCAGCUUUUUGUUUUUUUGUCCUCUCGCUAUGCAUUUCUCUCUGUUGUCUCCAAGCAUUGGAUUUUCAAAUGUUUCUAUGACAGAGGAUCAGAGGCUCAUGGACUGUGUAGGUCUAUAAAUGAACUUAUGAAGAAAUUUGGGCUGCUUAUAUAAUGUUGAUGGUGCACAGCUUGAUCAAUAGGCACUAUCAUUGUACAUAAUUUAACUAAAUGAUCCCACAUCGUUUUCCCUCGAUUAUCACUAAUGGUAAAACAUUUUUAAAUGGUCACACAGUACAUUAAAUGGUGGUAUUUCCUAGGGCUGUUGCAGUGACCAUAUUACCGCCACACCGGCGGUCACGAGUCAUGAAGGCAGUCAAAUUCCACGUGACCGUUUAGUCUCGCACAAAAUAGAAUAGAUCGACUUUUGUACUAUGGGGGAUAGAAGAUUGACAUAGGCUAGUGCUUUUGCUGUUCGUUAUGCCUACUCAUCUUGUUAGCAGACGAAAAGUAAAUGUGGACAGUUCUUCCAAUAUCUUCAAUAUGCACCUCGGAAUUGGAUAAGGACGCACGCAGUUGCGUCCCCGAUGUGCCUGUCUUCACUUGUAGCCUGUGAGAAAGACCCGAACACGUGAUGGAGAGCCAUGUGAGUGAGAGGUGAUUCGGAGCGUCCUGCACUCAGGGAGAAGGGCACAACAGCCACUGGCCGCAAAUGCACAGAUUUUUUUAAGGGUGCAUUACGGCCACACAUAGGAUGCUGCCGUGAAAUUCUAGGCAUUAUCAAGUGCUUGUCAAAUUGUGAAUGAGUUACUGAUGUAGUGUGUACAGCCUGCGCAUUAAACAAAGCAGAGCUCAUGCCUUUCAAGCAACUUUUUAGAGUCGCAUCAUGCAGCCUUACAAUGUAUUAAAAAUCAAAACAUGUAGCCCAACGUUUGUAGAACAACUAAAGUUACAUUAAUAACUCUAAAUUAAGCAUAUAGGAAUAUUUGUUUGUUAACCGCUCAACACAGAAUAGCCGCAUGUGCGCACUCCCUCAAAUCGUUUGGAGAAAAUAUCCUUUAUAUUUUAUUCAGCUUUGUUCAAUUGUAUUCUUCAUACUAUAAAAUAAUGUCACGGAAUUCUAAGCAAAUCUUGUUUGCUAAAUGAACUAGUGUAGCCCACAGGUCCUGAUCUGGCUAUGCCAAAUGGCUAACAUAAGGACAACUCAAAGUAUGCUAUUCUGUUCUUCUGAAAUAGACUACAUUUUCUUCAUAUCAUGUUUCUUUGACCUGUCUAAAAUAAAUAAUGGAUUUAUUGUGAAGGCGUAGGCUAUAUUACAUGGAUUUAUUAUACUUUUUUUUAAUGUAGGUGUUCCAAAGGUCUGCAUCAGUGGCUUGUAGGCUGUGUGUGGAAGCCAGGAGAUGCUAAAUGUGCUUAUGUUAAUUAAUGGUCAAUUACCCUGAGUUAUUUGCUUGACAAUCACCGGCUGCCGAAAUUUCGUGACCGCCACAGCCCUAGUAUUUCCUAAUAUUCCUAAUUUCAGGAAAAUCGGAGAUGAUCAGCUGCGACUCAGACCAGUUCCACUGCUCCAACGGAAAGUGCAUCCCGGAGUCAUGGAAGUGCAACGCCAUGGACGAGUGUGGUGACAACUCUGACGAGGAGCUGUGCGUCCAGCCCAACCCCUCGGCAGCCUUCUCCUUCCAGCCCUGUGCCUUCAACCAGGUAGAGAUUGCUAACUUUUUGUAGUCUAGGUCAAGUAUCUCAUUUUCAUAAGUAUUCACACCCCGAGUCAAUACAUGUUAGAAUUACCUUUGGCAGUGAUUACAGCUGUGAGUCUUUUUGGGUAAGUCUCUAAGAGCUUUUCACUCCCUAGUCCUUGCUGAUGACAAGCAUACCCAUAACAUGAUGCAGCCACCACCAUGCUUGAAAAUAUGAAGAGUCGUACUCAUUGACGUGUUGUGCUGGAUUUGCCCUAAACAUAACACUUUGUAUUCAGGACAGAAAGUUAAUUUCUUUGCCACAUUUUUUGGUGUUUUACUUAAAUGCCUUAUUGCAAACAGGAUGCAUGUUAUGGAAUAUUUUGAUUCUGUACAGGCUUCCUCCUUUUCACUCUGUCAUUUAGGUUAGUAUUGUGGAGUAACUAAAUUUAACAUUUUAGUCAUUUAGCAGACGCUCUUCUCCAGAGCGACUUACAGUAUUGAGUGCAUACAUUUUUCAUACUAUUUCGUACUGGUCCCCCGUGAGAAUCGAACCCAUAACCCUGGCAUUGCAAGCGCCAUGCUCUACGAACUGAGCCACAUGGGACCUACAACUACAAUGUUGUUGAUCCAUCCUCAGUUUUCUCCUAUCACUGCCAUUGAACUCUGUAACCAUGGCCUCAUGGUGAAAUCCUUGAGAAGUUUCCUUCCUCUUCGGCAACUGAGUUAGGAAGGACGCCUGUAUCUUUGUAGUGACUGGGUGUAUUUAAAGGGUAAUUAAUAACUUCACCAUGCUCAAAAGGAUAUUCAAUGUCUGUAUUUUUACCCAUCUACCAAUAGGUGCCCUUCUUUGCGAGGCAUUGGAAAACCUCCCUGGUCUUUGUGGUUGAAUCUGUGUUUGAAAUUCACUGCUCGACUGAGGGACCUUACAGAUAAUUGUAUGUGUGGGGUACAGAGAUGAGGUAGUCAAUCAAAAACCAUGUAAACACUAUUAUUGCACAGAGUGAGUCCAUGCAACUUAUGUGACUUGUUAAGCAAGUUUGUACUCCUGAACUUAUUUAGGCUUGCCAUAACAGAGGGGUUGAAUACUUAUCGACUCAAGAAUUGUUAGCUUUUCAUUUUAAAUUAGUUUGUAGAAAAAGUUUUUCACAUAAUUCCACUUUUACAUUAUGGGGUAUGUUUGUUUGUGUGUUGUGUAGACCAGUGACAAUCUCAAUUUAGUCGAUUUUAAAUUAAGGCUGUAACACAACAAAAUGUGGAAAACGUCAAGGCCUGUGAAUACUUUCUGUAUGUAUUUUCCAAUUUUAUUGAAUAUAAAGUCCUUUUGGGGUGUCUAAUGUACAGACAAUCUUGCGCAAGCUGUCCAUUAAUUUGCACACCUGAUAAAAACAAGGACCACAAUGGAAAUAAGUUUGUAGACUUUGUGUUUUGAAUCCUCUACGAUUUUUGUUGUAUGUGUUGUUGUACUCCCAUUAGCCGAGGCAACUAUAUGUAUUUUAAAUUUGUCAAAUACAAUUAUUUCAUUAAUUUAUUCAUUCAGUUUCCCUGCCUGUCCCGCUACACCCGCGUCUACACCUGCCUGCCCGAGUCGCUCAAAUGUGACGGCAGCAUCGACUGCCAGGACCUUGGUGACGAGAUCGACUGUGACGUGCCCACCUGCGGCGAGUGGCUGCGGAACUUCUACGGCACCUUCAGCUCGCCCAACUACCCUGACUUCUACCCACCAGGCAGCAACUGCACCUGGCUCAUCGACACGGGCGACCACCGCAAGGUUGGUACUCUGGUUCUUUUGCCUGUCUGAGAACAAACGAGAACCGACCAAAAUGGAUGUAGAUUUUGUGUUUAAAAAAUCCUCAAUGUUUUUGUUUAUGUGUGUAUUGUUGUACGGUAUUCACAUGGCUGAGACAACAAUGGGUUUGUCUGAAAUGACACGCUAUCCCUAUAUGGUAAACUAUUUUUGACAAAGGCUCACCAGACGUAGACUAUACGUAUUUUAAAAUCUUCAUUAAUUCAUUCUUUAAUGGAUUAAUUCCAGGUGAUCCUGCGUUUCAUGGACUUCAAGCUGGACGGGACGGGCUACGGGGACUACGUCAAGGUGUAUGACGGCUUGGAGGAGAACCCUCGCCAUCUACUCCGCGUCCUCACUGCCUUCGACUCCCACGCCCCUGUGGCCGUGGUCUCGUCCUCGGGCCAGCUGCGCGUUCACUUCUACGCUGACAAGAUCAAUGCGGCAAGGGGCUUCAACGUCACCUACCAGGUAGUCGCAUGAGUUCAACCCAGGUUUCUCUGAAUCGAUUAGUUGCUGUUGGUUUGGUUGCUAGGGCCGAGUGAUUCAAUGAAUAGUUUUCCUGGAAAGAUAUAGUAAGAGGUACUUACAUUGUUGCAUACUAGUUUCUUAUUUAUUGCGGGGGGAGAAAAGCUAAAACAAAUUUUUAUCAAAACAAACAAUCUUGUUUAUUUAAAGUGAAAUUUCACCUUAGCGCUGCCACUGAAUAUAGUCAUAACAAUAUUAUCAACGUUACGUUUUUUCAUAAACAUAAAAAAUAUCCUUGCCAAAAGCUUGAACAAGCUUGUUCUAAUUUCACCGGUAAUAUCAGGACGUUUCGACUUCUAUUUCUCUGCUCAUACUGUACCACAAGACCCAGCAUUCAUACCGAAUGCACAACGGGACCAGAGCAGGAAGCACCGUCGCACACUGAGCUGUAGUAUUUCAGAGACCUGAAAAAAUGUGUAGUCGUGUGUGUGUAUAUAGCAAUGAAUCCGCUGAUAGGAACAUUGCUGAAAGAUGUCCAAUGGCUCUAUCGAACAAGUACAACAAUAUCUACACGCACACAAAUGUAUAGUGCACUUGAUAUAUCAGAGGCUUUGCGAAAUGCCACAAAGCAGGACUACUUUCCUUUUCUGAUCUCGUCCACCCCAUCAAUACCGUUGUUGUCAUUGUGUGUAUCAUUCGCCGCAUGAAACCCAGACCCGCUUUCUUUGAGGCCAAUUAUGUGUAAAACACAUCUCACUGACCUAGAAGUGCUUCUGACAUUUCCCUUUAAACCCUUUCAUAGAUGUAUCCAUUUCUUUAUUUUGGAAUCAUUACGGACGCCCUCAAAUCGACUAAUUGAAUCUACCUCAUCUCUCCUGCCAGGUGGACGGUUUCUGUCUGCCCUGGGAGAUCCCGUGUGGGGGCAACUGGGGCUGCUACACGGAGCAGCAACGCUGCGACGGUUACUGGCACUGCCCCAAUGGCCGCGACGAGGUCAACUGCAGCACCUGCCAGGAGGAUGAGUUCCCCUGCUCCAGGAAUGGCGCCUGCUACCCACGCUCGGACCGCUGCAACUACCAGAACCGCUGCCCCAACGGCUCGGACGAGAAGAACUGCUUCUUCUGCCAGCCGGGCAACUUCCACUGCAAGAACAACCGCUGUGUGUUCGAGAGCUGGGUGUGUGACGCGCAGGACGACUGCGGCGACGGGAGCGACGAGGAGAGUUGUCCGGUCAUCGUGCCCACACGGGUCAUCACGGCGGCGGUUAUAGGAAGUCUCAUCUGCGGCCUGCUGCUGGUCAUCGCUCUGGGCUGCACCUGCAAACUCUACUCUCUCCGGAUGUUUGAGCGCAGGUAAUAAACUCAGACCCCAUGCUAUUACUCUUGUUAUUACACAGUUGUUAAACAAUUAUAUGGUGCCCACAUAAGUCAUAAGACUUUGUUUCUGUCUGUGUGGUUUGCUAGGACCGCUUUAGUAUGUUUCACACCUACUACGAGAGAUGAUUGGUAAUCCAGACUAGUCUUUAGGCCUUUAUCUUUGGAUUCAUAUAGCUAGUUAGCUCUCUGAUUUCUGUCUUUGAUCUCCAUCAAAGGACACUGAAUGAACUUUGAAAUUCAUUUUUUUUUGUGCCUCUAACUGAUCUGGUUGUGUGUGUUUCUUCCAUUCCUUUGAGUCCCUCUAACUGUUUCCUCAGGUCAUUUGAGACCCAGCUGUCCAGGGUUGAGGCUGAGCUCCUGAGGAGGGAGGCUCCCCCGUCUUAUGGCCAGCUGAUCGCCCAGGGCCUUAUACCCUCUGUGGAGGACUUCCCUGUGUGCUCCGGCAACCAGGCAAGUCUACAGCUAGAUCACACUGCCCUCUUGUUCUCCUCAGAAGAUGUGAUCCUCUUGUCCAUGCAUGACUUAAGCUUAAGUCUGUGUUAAGAGUGCACAUUUCCAAGUCCAGCCGUGAAUGCCUAUCUUUGUCAUGGGAUUGUAGACACCAAUAAUAAUAAUAUAUAAUAAUAUAAUAUGCCAUUUAGCAGACGCUUUUAUCCAAAGCGACUUACAGUCAUGCGUGCAUACAUUUUUGUGUAUGGGUGGUCCCGGGGAUCGAACCCACUACCUUGGCGUUACAAGCGCCGUGCUCUACCAGCUGAGCUACAGAGGACCACAUAAUCAACUGUGUAAUGUCUAACAACCUGACUUCAGUAACAAAAGAGAUGUUGAAGCGGUUUAACUGUGAUUCAUUAUGAGGAAGUUCUUUUGAACUUCCUUCUGAAGCACUGUGAAGUGAGUUACUCAGUGACUGGGAUUGUUUAGUUAAACAGUAACUGCUUCAUGGAGAACAUUAUGGCUGUUUGCAGUAUAUCAACGUUUAUAUAUAGUAAGGUUUAUUUGAGCUUGUACACAUUCACAGCUGAAAGCUGAAUUACAGUCUACAGACAAAAAGGAAAGAAAAGAAAGAUAAGAUUUUAGGGUGAAAUUAAGUGUUGAUUAAAUAAUUUAUUAAAGCAGUUUGGGACUGGCGUGGCGGGAGGAAGCAUCGUUUGUCUCUGAGUGGAGGGAGGAUCACGGUAGCAGCCAGGGGAGUCACAGUCAGUAAGCCAAACACGGACAGGUCCGGAGCCUCAGCCACGCAUCAAGCUGUCCUGCCUGCUUCUCUGUAUAGCCACUUGGCUUAGUAUACGUACAGUGGGGAGAACAAGUAUUUGAUACACUGCCGAUUUUGCAGGUUUUCCCACUUACAAAGCAUGUAGAGGUCUGUAAUUUUUAUCAUAGGUACACUUCAACUGUGAGAGACGGAAUCUAAAACAAAAAUCCAGAAAAUCACAUUGUAUGAUUUUUAAGUAAUUCAUUUGCAUUUUAUUGCAUGACAUAAGUAUUUGAUCACCUACCAACCAGUAAGAAUUCCGGCUCUCACAGACCUGUUAGUUUUUCUUUAAGAAGCCCUCCUGUUCUCCACUCAUUACCUGUAUUAACUGCACAUGUUUGAACUCGUUACCUGUAUAAAAGACACCUGUCCACACACUCAAUCAAACAGACUCCAACCUCUCCACAAUGGCCAAGAGCAGAGAGCUGUGUAAGGACAUCAGGGAUAAAAUUGUAGACCUGCACAAGGCUGGGAUGGGUUACAGGACAAUAGGCAAGCAGCUUGGUGAGAAGGCAACAACUGUUGGCGCAAUUAUUAGAAAAUGGAAGAAGUUCAAGAUGACGGUCAAUCACCCUCGGUCUGGGGCUCCAUGCAAGAUCUCACCUCGUGGGGCAUCAAUGAUCAUGAGGAAGUUGAGGGAUCAGCCCAGAACUACACGGCAGGACCUGGUCAAUGACCUGAAGAGAGCUGGGACCACAGUCUCAAAGAAAACCAUUAGUAACACACUACGCCGUCAUGGAUUAAAAUCCUGCAGCACACGCAAGGUCCCCCUGCUCAAGCCAGCGCAUAUCCAGGCCCGUCUGAAGUUUGCCAAUGACCAUCUGGAUGAUCCAGAGGAGGAAUGGGAGAAGGUCAUGUGGUCUGAUGAGACAAAAAUAGAGCUUUUUGGUCUAAACUCCACUCGCCGUGUUUGGAGGAAGAAGAAGGAUGAGUACAACCCCAAGAACACCAUCCCAACCGUGAAGCAUGGAGGUGGAAACAUCAUUCUUUGGGGAUGCUUUUCUGCAAAGGGGACAGGACGACUGCACCGUAUUGAGGGGAGGAUGGAUGGGGCCAUGUAUCGCGAGAUCUUGGCCAACAACCUCCUUCCCUCAGUAAGAGCAUUGAAGAUGGGUCGUGGCUGGGUCUUCCAGCAUGACAACGACCCGAAACACAGCCAGGGCAACUAAGGAGUGGCUCCGUAAGAAGCAUCUCAAGGUCCUGGAGUGGCCUAGCCAGUCUCCAGACCUGAACCCAAUAGAAAACCUUUGGAGGGAGCUGAAAGUCGUAUUGCCCAGCGACAGCCCCAAAACCUGAAGGAUCUGGAGAAGGUCUGUAUGGAGGAGUGGGCCAAAAUCCCUGCUGCAGUUUGUGCAAACCUGGUCAAGACCUACAGGAAACGUAUGAUCUCUGUAAUUGCAAACAAAGGUUUCUGUACCAAAUAUUAAGUUCUGCUUUUCUGAUGUAUCAAAUACUUAUGUCAUGCAAUAAAAAGCAAAUUAAUUACUUAAAAAUCAUACAAUGUGAUUUUCUGGAUUUUUGUUUUAGAUUCCGUCUCUCACAGUUGAAGUGUACCUAUGAUAAAAAUUACAGACCUCUACAUGCUUUGUAAGUAGGAAACCCUGCAAAAUCGGCAGUGUAUCAAAUACUUGUUCUCCCCACUGUAUGUAGCCACUCCUCCAACAACUUCGUUCAGCAACAACUUUUCUCUUCUUGUCCAAACAAACAGUCCCGUUUGCCGCUAGUUUACAGCUAUGUGGGAUUAACUGUAGUCUUUCCUGGUUUCUGUUGGGAGACACAUUUCCCAAUGACCUUCAUAUACACAUCUCAGGAGUUUCAUGUUUAUUGUCGUCUAUAAUAAAUUGGGUUACUUACUGUAAAGGACUGUGUGAAAACUGUUGAUUUAAAAAGGGUUUUAUUAUUUGAUUGAUGAUACUAACAGUCUUGCUGUUCUCACUGUGUGUUGUCCAGGUGUCUGUGUUGGAGAACCUGAGGUUGGCGGUUCGCUCCCAGCUGGGUUUCACCUCCAUCCACCUGCCCACCUCCGGUCGCCACAGCAACAUCUGGCGUCGCCUCUUCAACUUCACACGCUCGCGGCGCUCCGGCUCGCUGGCCCUGGUAUCUGCCGACGGCGAGGACAACAGCACCAGCCGCGGUAACGGCGGCUGCUCGGCCCGCGAGCCCGACAGGACUGGACCCCACCGGGGGUUGCUGCCCCUCGACUCAGACGACACAGAUACGGAGAGCGAGCGCCGGGACGUGCCCGGGGCCGUGGGGGGCCUUGUAGCCCCCCUCCCCGUAAAGACCCCUCCUGCAACCGCAGUGGAGGUCAUUGUCUCUGUGUCGACGAGCUCCACCACCCCCGCCCUGCUGCCCAGCCGUAGGGACAGCCACCGGGCCAGGGACAGGGCCAGCCCGGCAGUGGUGGAGACACACACCGUGGAGACCCCAGGGGGAGAGGCAGCAGAGCCUCAGUGUACUGCGACCGGGAGGAGCCAGCUGAGCAGUGCCCUGAGCAGGGUCACCCGCAGCCUGCGCUGGGUACGUUUAUCCCUGGGCCGCUCUGGAAGCUCCUCAGGUGGGGGAACCCAGAACCACAGCCCUCUGAGGCACCUAGAGCAUGGAGCAGGGACCAGGGAGGACGAAGACGACGUGGAGCUGCUUAUCCCUGUGUUGGAUGCUGCCUCAGACACUGACUCCACCAGCGAGACCUCCAGGCUCCUCAACCUGGUGGUAGGCCUGGAUCAGGCUGCCCCUCACCUAUCGUCCCCAGCCUCCCUCAGGUCAGGCCGGGUGUCCCUGUGCCGGAACGGGCCCUGUGAACACUGUAGCAUGGUUCAUACCGCACAGAUCCCAGACGCCUGUCUGGAGGCCACAGGCAAGACGGAGACCAAUAGUGAUGACGAGUUACUUCUGCUCUGCUAAUAGCUCUAACCUAAGGGACGUUACGGUAUGACUCAACUGACUGUCAACAUGGACCGUCCCUGUCAAAGCUUGCCAUUUAUUUUAUCUGGAAGAGGGCGGGUGGUAAAUGUCAUUUUUAUGCCCCGUUUUAAGAUCAAGUGUGUUUUUGAAAAGCCUGUAGUUCGUACUGUAUUGCAGUCUUCUUGGUGUAUUCAUCAGAUGGUACAUUCUCUGCCCAACCUCCCCCCUCUUCCCCUCCAUGUUCCAGUUCCAGACUUUUCCCUUGGGAGUUCCAGCUCAGCCUGGGAACUGGGAAGUAGAACUACUCAACCUUGACUUUGUCUAGCCGAGGAAAAGUUGAAUGGACUCCAUAGCAAGAAGACACGUGCAGCAGAGUGGAACUGAGUUGUAUACAACACAACCACAGCACCUGCCGUUCUGUUCCUCUUCUUCUCACACUAAUUUGGGAUGAAGCAGAAUAAAUAAGCUGCCUUUUUAUGUUCAAGAAUAAUGGUACGAGAGAGACCAAGUAUAGAGUACGGACGAAAUUAACAAUCUAGAGCCUGUGAAAAGCUAGACGUGAUUUAAAGAUGUCUGUCAGCGUUAUUUAAUGUCAGUUUCUUCUCCUUCAUUAUAGGGAAUGUGAGGGUGAGGGUGAGGGCUCUGAGUAUCUGUGGCUGACCAUGUGAUGGUAUGUUUGUUUCAUUUCAGUUCAAUGGGAGGCUGUGUAACUCCUUUCCUAUUGAAAGGUACGGAUGUGUUCUCAUGCGUGAUAAUAGCAAGAGCAUUUUAUUUAUAAAAAGGAAAAGUAAAUUGCAGAGAACCUCUUUCUGAAGACGAAACAUUGUAUAACAUCCACAGAUGUUUGUUGUAUUUAUUGUUUUGUUACUGUUUUGGUACUGAGAAUACUUGUGCCACUGUGUAUAUUUAUUUCAAUUUCAGUAGCUGUUACGUGAGAAGAUGCAUGUCAAAUUGUCUUGUGCUAUUUUUUUGUUAAAGUGAUAUGUUGAAAAAAUAAUUAUAUAAACAUAACUGUUUACUGCAUGUAGAAAAUCAGAAUAAAGCAUUCAUCCUG